AGAUUUUACCCCUAUUGUGAUGUGGGCUAGUCAAACGUAUUAGUCAGCCAUUUGAUCAUAUCCGGUUUGAUAGAUCCUUCUGGAAGAUCGUGUGUUCUCGAAACUGAAGGUUAUAAAAAACAUUUUCAGCGUAACCAAAGCCAGAAGGACGUCAGAACCGGACCAGAUUCUUCACAUAGGGACCAGUGCAUGAUUUAGGAGCAAAAUUCUCAAAUACUAGAGAAAGCUCACACUCUCACCAUGGUAAAGGAAAUGAAGUACUACGACAUCCUUGGUGUCAAACCAAGUGCCACGCCAGCAGAACUUAAGAAGGCGUACAGGAAACUCGCAAUGAAGUAUCAUCCUGACAAGAACCCAGAUGCAGGGGACAAGUUCAAAGAAAUUUCCUUGGCAUAUGAAGUCCUGUCAGACGAGAAGAAGCGGAAAAUUUACGACGAAGGCGGCGAGCAGGCCAUCAAAGAAGGAGGCACUAGUGGUGGGAACUUCCACUCUCCCAUGGACUUGUUCGACAUGUUCUUCGGAGGAGGACCACGGUUUGCAUCGCGAACUUCCACUCGCGAACGGCGCGGGAAGAACGUGGUGCACCAGCUGUCUGUAUCGUUGGAGGAGCUGUAUAACGGUGCCACCAGGAAACUCGCUCUCCAGAAAAACGUUAUCUGUGAGAAGUGUGAAGGUCGCGGAGGAAAGAAGGGCGCGGUGGAGAGCUGUCCGAACUGUCGCGGCACCGGUAUGCAGGUUCGUAUCCAGCAGCUGGGUCCCGGCAUGGUCCAGCAGAUCCAGUCCAUGUGUAACGAGUGUCAGGGUCAGGGGGAACGCAUCAACCCUCGCGACCGCUGCAAGACCUGUAACGGCAGGAAGAUUGUGCGAGAGCGCAAGAUCUUGGAGGUGCACAUUGACAAAGGAAUGAAGGAUGGACAAAAGAUCACGUUCCAUGGAGAAGGUGACCAGGAACCAGGCUUGGAACCAGGUGACAUCAUCAUCGUUCUGGACGAGAAGGAACAUCCCGUGUACCACCGUAACCAUGGCGACCUGCUCAUGAAGCUGGAGAUUGAGCUAGUGGAGGCGCUGUGCGGAUUCCAGCGACCAAUCAAAACACUGGAUAACAGGACACUACUGAUCACAUCUCAUCCUGGAGAGGUCAUCAAGUACGGAGACGUGAAGUGUAUCAUGAACGAAGGAAUGCCGAUGUACCGCAACCCGUUUGACAAGGGCCGUCUCAUCAUCCAGUUUGUGGUCAACUUCCCCCCAGAUGGCUUCUUGCCAAAGGAAAGACUCCCCGAGUUAGAAGCACUUAUGCCAGAGCGUGAAGAAGUCUUGGAAACAGAUGACGCAGAGGUUGUAGACUUAGUCCGUAUCGAUCCCUCGCAGCAGCGACAACGGUUUGCUGGAAAUGCGUACGAUGAGGACGACGAACACCCUCACAGAGGCGGGGUACAGUGUGCCACACAGUAAACAAUCCUUCCAAAACAAAACAGCUGCAUCAAAGUGGACUUGCACCUCUUCAAACUUUUUCUUUGCCAAUUGUACCUCAUUAGAAGAUUCCACAAACAGCCAGUUUUUGUAGAACUACCGACUUCAUGUGUUCUACUACAAAGAAAAUUAGGAAAUGGUUUCCAAUUUUUUUUUAAAGCAGGCAGUGUUUAUAGGAGAAGCAUCAUCUUUUAGUUGGGGAAACAAGAAACCAUGGUACUACCUAUUCCUCAUUGCUAGAAACAGCUUUGUCUUGUAAAACUGUCCUUGUGACUGCAGAUUUAGAGAUGCACGCUUUGAGAGCUUAUAGGCUGUACUGUGAAUAAUAAAAUAGUCAAUGUGGUUUUAUGUUGUUUUCUCAGUCAUCACAUCAUGAAAAACACAGAUUUUGCCAUCAGUACUGCACUAUGUAUGUCCACUGCAAAUGCCUCCUUUCCUCUCAUGCUUCAGUGCAUUAACAGUAUUUAGUGGGAAGCAUUUGCUGUCAAUAGAUACUGUGUCCAGCUUACCCAGCUUUUAGAGGCAAUGACUACAUGCUUACUACAACAAGAGACAUGCCUGUAGCCAAGAUUUGAGGGUAUGAAAAUAUGUUAGUAUUCUUAACUUUAAGCUGCUAGAUGUGUGUAUCUGUGUAAAGGGACCCAAAAUGUUUUCAACUUGUCAAGUAGCAAUGAAGAAAUAAAUGCUAAUACUGGA